GCCCUUCGCCACCUGCCGCUCCCUGCCUCGCCGAGGCGCCGGGCAGCGGCUUCUCCCCGCGCCGCCGCCCGCCAUGGAGCCGCCCGCGGGCAGCCGGCAGCCCUGAGCCCCGCUCUGCCCGCCGGCCCCGCGCCGCCCGCCCCUCGCCCGCAUGGAGCCGCCGCUCGCCCCGCCGAAGACGGCGCUGCCCGUGCUAAGGAAAGUUCGCAGGAGGAGGGAGAUGCUGCUGCAGCAGCUGGGCUUCAUCUGCGCCAUCCUCUUCUUCGCCUGGUGCAUGUCCAGCCUGCUCUCCAGGCUGGGCCAAGAAUCAACUGUUGCAAACAGACAUGUAUUGUCAGAGACAUGGAGGAAUAGAAGAUUGAUGGCAUCACCUAAUGGGACACAUGAAGGAAAGAACUGUACAGAGCCAGCCAUUAAUGAAUUUCCUGAAGAUGUAUUUACAAAUAAAGAACGGCAGCAAGGAGGGGUUCUGCUUCACAUCAUUGCUGCUCUGUACAUGUUCUAUGCUUUGGCUAUAGUAUGUGAUGACUUCUUUGUUCCGUCCUUAGAGAAAAUCUGUGAGAAACUACAUUUGAGUGAAGAUGUUGCUGGGGCCACAUUCAUGGCUGCAGGGAGCUCCACGCCAGAACUGUUUGCAUCUGUUAUAGGUGUAUUUAUCACUCAUGGAGAUGUAGGAGUAGGGACCAUUGUUGGUUCAGCAGUUUUCAACAUCCUCUGCAUUGUUGGUGUCUGUGGACUGUUUGCAGGACAGGUGGUUUGUCUCACCCAGUGGGCUGUGUUCCGGGACUCUGUGUACUACACGUUAUCUGUUAUCGUGCUUAUUGUUUUCAUAUAUGAUGAGAAAAUAGAAUGGUGGGAAAGCCUUAUACUCAUCAUUAUGUAUUCAUUCUACAUACUUAUCAUGAAGUACAAUGUGAGGAUGCAAAAUUUCUUCACCCUCAAAAGCAAGAAUGUUGGAAAUGGUGACGCAGUCAACAACGAGCUGGAAGAUGGUAAUAAAUGUUAUGCCUCUAGUUGUGAUGACCCAUCCAUUCCAUUACUAUGCAAAGUGAAGGGGAUGCAGCAGUAUGGCAAAAACAGUGUUGUGAUGGUGGAUGAGAUCAUCUGCUCCAGUCCUCCCAAAUACCGGUUCCCUGAAGCUGGGUUACGGAUUAUGAUUACAAAUAAGUUUGGACCACGCACCAGAAUGCGGAUGGCAAGCCGACUCAUCAUUAAUGAGCGUCAGCGGUUAAUCCAAUCUGCCAAUGGCUCAGGCAAACCACUUCAGAAUGGGAGACAUGAAAACAUUGAAAAUGGGAACAUCCCUGUGGUGAACCAAGAAGAGGAAAGUGAACAGGACAAUCUAUCUCCAUUUUCAUUGCCAGAUGGAAAAAUGAACAAAGUUAAAUGGAUUUUGACAUGGCCAUUGAUAUUCAUGCUCUUUUGCACCAUUCCAAACUGCAGCAAACCGCGCUGGGAGAAUUGGUUUAUGUUCACAUUUGUCUUAUCCACUCUCUGGAUUGCCUUGUUCUCCUACUUCAUGGUGUGGAUGGUGACGGUGAUUGGAUACACACUCGGGAUACCAGAUGUGAUCAUGGGCAUUACUUUCUUAGCUGCAGGAACAAGCGUCCCAGACUGCAUGGCCAGCUUAAUAGUAGCAAGACAAGGCCUUGGUGACAUGGCAGUAUCCAACACAAUAGGAAGCAAUGUCUUUGACAUUCUGGUGGGCCUUGGUGUUCCAUGGGGUUUGCAGACGAUGGCGAUUGAUUGUGGAUCAACUGUUAAAAUAAACAGUAAAGGAUUGGUCUAUUCAGUUGCACUUUUGCUAGGAUCAGUGGCACUGACUGUGUUUGGAAUCCAUGUAAAUAAGUGGAAACUUGACAAGAAAUUAGGCAUCUACGUGUUGUUUCUUUAUGCUGUUUUCCUGUGUUUCUCUAUAUUGAUAGAGUUUAAUGUCUUCACCUUUGUCAACCUCCCUAUGUGCCGAGAAGAACUUUAAACUUCAAUAAGGAGAGAGACUGCAAUUCUUCUGAUUACAUGUGCUGUAAAUGACAGGAGACAUUUCACAUUUCUACUGUCUUUCCAUCAGUAAUUGAGUGUCAUUCCUGCUUCUUCAGCUACCAAGCACUUUUACCUGUGUGGAAGGAAAGCAUACCUUUCUUGUAACAUGCUAGCUCAAGGCAACCAAAGCAUUUUCCUUCUCUUUGGAUAUUGCUGCUCAGUCAUAAAGCUGUGUGGAUCUUACGCAGAACUCUCAAAUGUCCCCAUGUAUGGGAUUUUCAUUCUCCUUUUGCAGACAAUCAAACAGCACCUCCAAGGUUAACAAGAAGACUGGAGAAAAAUCUUUAUAGUUCUUUAACUUUUGACACUUACUUUCCAUGGAAGGAAAAGAGGCAAGCUCAGAACUUUUCUUGGCUUAAUCAAAAUGUCUCAACUACAGGACCAGAAAGUCCAAGGCACAUAUCAUGGCAUGCACUGUUGAGGACAUCAUUUCCCCUUUCAAGUGCUCUGCUUAUAGAGGAACUGCAAGGACAGUUUUGAUGGCAGUGUUGAAUAUUUAUCAUUCUUUUCAAUGAAGCUGAACAAUGUGGCAGAGAAAGAAGAGGAAAUGGUUGUAUGUUGUAUCACUUCUGAUGAUGCACACUAAAAGUUCGACUAUCUGCAUAUCGAAGAAGAGAAUUACAUGCAGAAAUUUAUACUUGAAAAAUAAUGUUUUACCAUUAAUAAGGAAUGCUGUAUAUAUUAGUAUAAACUAACAUUUGUGGAAUAUUACACCAUGAGAAAUAUUUUGCGUUGGCCCUCGUAUGCCCAUUUUGUAAAUUUAGAAGAAACUAAACAAAUAAAAUACAACUGGGUGCUCAAUAACUAACAGUUAUUAUUAUCAGCUGAGAAUAGUAUCUGCACAUAAUCCAGGCUUUCUGACAACAAAACCCACCCUGGUUAUGAUUUGAUUCGUCUGAUAGGGGAAAGAAGAUUAUUUCAUCAGUCAAGAAGCUGGUGUAUUCUCUACUCUUUAUUUAUUCCCAGAAGCUUAAUGAAGGUGGGUGUCUGACACUGAGCAGUGCAGAUACAAAACAGCUAGACAAAAGCAAGUCUGUCAAGAGAAUGUGGUCUUUGAUUUGAUUGUAUGCAAGUUUUGGGGCAUGAUAUACUUCUUUUUAACCCCCAGUAGAAGCCAGGUUUUGAUAUCUUAUGCACCAGCAUAAAUCUGAUAUAGGGAAUUACUCUGGAUGUAAAUGACAGCAGGAUCUGGCCCAGAGUAUUAAAAAGAAUGGGUAACGUUCCAUGUUGUAGUAAUCAUAAGACUGCAAAUCAUUGAGACAGUGUGCAUAUUUUGCAUUGCUACUAAACUUCAAAAUACUUUAAAGCUGUAUAUGAAUGAAAAAUCACAAAGUUUCUAAAGAAGCACAUUUAACUUUAUACAUAGAUUUUUUUUUAUUUUUUAAUGUUUAUAAACCAAAAAAAAAUCUGCCAACUAAAAGUUGAUGCAUUUUUAAAUAUAUCAAUAUUUUGCACUUAAGGCUACAUAUAAAAAUUCCCAUUACUAUGUCAAUGAGAAUAUACUAAAGAACCUUAAUAAAUAAGCACUAAAUCAAAAAGUUCCUUAUCUUGGCAUAUCUGACAAAUAAUUCUGUUCAACCAGCUCACAUGUAGGACACUGUUUACACCAGGCAAUGUGUUUACAAUUAAGGGUAUUUAAAAUUUAUUUUGAUACAAAUGAAGGAGUGUAUUCUGCUGUUAAACAUUUUUAAGGAAUUGAAUCCUUUCAAUGUAAUGCUAAGGAAAAAAUAGCAACAUGUGCGUUAUUUGCUGUACGCUCCGUGACAAACAUCAGUAUUAGCACCCUUUUAGGGUUUUUCACUUUAAUAAGGUAGUUGGGUAGUUAAACUUACCAGUCCUAAAGAUGGCAAUAAAUACAGCAUUAUUAAAAUGCUUUAUUGAAUAGGCAAGCAUGACAGUAAACACAUUUGUCCUCAAGUAUGCAGAUGACCCUGUUUCCUGGCAUUCAAGACACUUUUGCUGUGCUGUAGCAGCAAAGCUGAAGAGGUGGAAUUCAGCCUUUGAGUUCGUGGUGGAGUUUGUCUUUGAGUCUUCUGUUGCAGAAAGCUGUGGAGGAGCAUCCUUCUUUACUUUUAGUCUCUUCCCUGCUCUUUCAGGAGGACAGUUUGGUGCUGAUACUCCUGUGAUGGCUUAGAUAUGAGGCUGAAAGGAGCAGAAGUAGAGGCAGGGCUUGGAGAACUAGUUGCCUCCAAGCAAACAUUUGCUCUCCUGUGUACAGUUCAGGCAGCUCAGAUGUAUUUACACUACAGAAGAGUGGUUCCAAAUUCUAGUUUUGAAUGCCUACUGAUCAGCUGAGUUGAUAGUGAUGAGGGCAUCAACACUUACAGUGCCAGAUCCAACAAAUUGUACUGUACCUUCAUAUUUCUGAGUCAGGUAACUUUAAAAGACUAGGGUCACCCAUUUGUUCCAUAGCAGCAGAUCCCCGGCUCAAAUAUGCAUGAAAUUGUGUUUGCUAAUGCCAUGAAUUCUUGAGAUGUCAUUUAGAAUUAUUUUGCCUAAAUUGAAUAUCAUCUGCUCCAAAAACUGGGAGUGUUCUGUUGUAGGAAGAGACAGUCUUGGAGGGUAAUGCUGACCUUAAAUCACCUGGCUGGUCCUGGCAUUUUAUAGCCCUAUGUAAAACACAGACCAACUUCAGGACUAUUUCUAUGGAUUGUAAUUCUGCGUUUCCUGAGGCAGUCUCAUAUGCAUCUUGUGUUAUGAGACAGGUGUCAUGCCAUGCUUGUCACUAUAAAUGACGUUAGUAGGAUUCUCCUCUGACAUAACGAUGUGACCAGGGAUAUAUUGUUUGCCAAAGAGAUAUUAGAUGCUGUAUCAGGGCCUUGAUGACACAUGAUCGUAUGAAGUAGUUAGAGUCUCUAUAUAGUCAUUACCAAUAUGCUAAAACAAAUAAAGAUGGCAAUUAUAGGCCGAACCAUGCACAUAAACUAAAUGGUCUGAGAAAGAUCUGUUUGACAGGUUCUUGUAUGUCAGAUACCCACUUCAGAAUGUGUCAGUAAUUCAGGAGAAUAUUGCUGAGUAAUAGCGGACUAGUGCCUUUCACAUGUACAGAAAACAAUUUGCUUUUGUGGUCAGGAAACCACUACAAAUUUUGCCCUUUCCCAAUCAAGAUGAGGGGUGAUUUGCACUUGGCUCUCUGAAGUUAUUGCAACUCUACAUUGCGUCUGUUCAGGUUGUGUCUGCAAAAUUUUGUAGCCAUGUUGUUUUACUAUCCAUUGUAAAAGUUAGCUGGCUGAGUUUGGAACAUGUGCCACAGCGGUGUGUAAGUUAAUAUUCAGUUCAAGAGUGAAGAGAAAGCUGGUGGAUGUGAGAAGAAAACUCUUACUGUGAUCUGAAAAUCGCCAGCAUACUAACACUGAAAAGUAAUACAGAACAGAAAAAGAUAUCCCCUAUCCAGCAAAGCUUAACUUCAGUAGGAUUGAUUCCAUGCUUAAAGCUAAACAUAUAUCCAAGUGCCUUGCUGGAUUGUUUCCUAAGAUGACAGCUGAGCAUGGUUUCUGGGUUUUCUAUCACAUACAGAUCUUUUCAUAUGUUACUGGUUUCGUAGCCUACAAUUUUAAUUUUUCCCUCAAGUUAAAAGCUUUGGCUGGAAUCUGUGGACUUCUGCUCUGCUGAUACCACUUUAGAUUCCCACUUGUGUAAAUAAGAGGAGAACAGGUUCCUUGUCCCAGAGGUUUCAGAACUGUCCUGGUGUACAAACAGGACCAUAACUGAAGUACAGCUGGCCAAGCAGAGCUCCCAGCAGCUCUUUUCUGCUGCAGUUCCACUGGAGUAGUACAGUUCCACAGAGAUGAUCCAUACAGACCAUAACACUCGUACUACCUUGUAAAGUUGGGUGAUCAAAUUUCAGCUACUGCUACUCUGAGUCCCACUGAAAGUAUUGCCUGAAUUAAAAUUUCAGGCUUGGUAUCUGCAUGCCUAAAUCUAAUUCUAAGAAGCUACAGCUCUGGUUUCUCAAUGACUACUGAUGAUCUAAGGGCUGCUCUCUGGGCUCGGUGCAGCCCAGCAGAACACCUGAAGUCUUCCCAGCAGGUACAGCAGAGUCAACCGUCUUUCUCCUGGCUCAGUCAUUGGUGUGCCAAUUUUAUUUUAUUUUAUUUUGAUAUGCUUGCUGCAGCUUUGACUAACGCAUAAUUAGUUUCUGGUUUUAGAUGAUAUUUGUAAACAUUCUGUCAACAUGUAAACAAGUGGAAAAGGUCUUUCCUAUUCCAAUACUUAUACAGCAAUUAUAGAGGAGACUCUAUUCUUUGAUUUCCUUUGUGACUGUGCUUUAAUUAUACGCACUUGUUUUUAUUAUGUUUGCUCUAGUUGCACAAAUCCCUCAUGAGUUUGGGUGUCUUCCAUUUUUGGAUCUCUUGCAAUUGUAAUGUCAUUUAUUUGUGUACCGCUGUUAGAUUUUUUUCUGGUAGAGUGCUUUAAGCUGUAUAAAUACUGCCUGAUUAUUCAUGCUAAGGAAAGAUCAGACCUAAUGUAAUACGAAACAGACACUAAAGUAACACUGAUAGCCAGGUGAAACCAAAGAAUCUUGCUGAUUGAAAUGCAACACCUUUGGACAUAAUGUUCUGUCAUCGCAAGUCUCAGAUCCUUCAGUUACUUGUGUUUAAGCACUCAAAAGAAAAGCUCUGCAGCUCACACAUUUACUGCACAUUUUCCUUUAUAUUUCUUUGAGUCUGUUUUUCAGUCUGUUGGGUGGUGAGAUUUGUAUGAUGGUUACACGGGUAAAUGACAGCAUUUAGUCCCAGCAAUUCUGUACCAAGCCCCUUUUUGCCCCUUAAUACUUUCUUGAACUAUUUUGAAAACUGUAUGCAAGUGACCAGUGUUCUGAAGAAUGUCAUUCAACUGAUAGGUGCAUUCCAGUUUCUGACCUGGUGUGCACAAGUUUAAAAACCUCUUUUGAAUAACUUGAGCAUGUAUUUUCUUACAUUUUCCCCUGUGUGGUGUCCUCAUAUUUUCUCCCCAGAGAAAGCUGUGAGAUCCUAUACAUCCCUGUCCCGAAAUCUGAGAUACAUGUAGCUCCUCCGCAGGCUGACCUGUAUAAUGAUGGUGGCAGUUCGUACAUCCCGUGUUCUACUUGCUACCAUACUUCUGCCAUACAGUAGUACACUGUCUGAAAGAAAUGAAAGAGCAUAGGAACCUAGUAACAUUUGAAUAUUUUCCUACAAGAAUUACUGAAUUUAAUUCAAUUUCUUUCUUACUUGCACAAAGAAUGUUUGUGAUUGUUGCUGUCUUAUCACUGAGACGAUCUUGGUAAACUUGAAAGACAAAUACAAUGGUAGGUUUAUAGCAACAGGGGACUGUGACAAAAUCUAAAGGUUAUCAGAAUAUACCAAAACCAGACAGGUGAAGUCUCUGGGAAGUCUAAUACCAACUGUGAUGCUUCUUUUCAGAGGGUGUCGCAGCAAGAUUAUUGCCUUCACUACUAUCCCAGUUGGGUAUGCAAAGAACACUUGUAAGUCUGCUUCCCCAGCAGCAUCACUGUUUCAAGUGGCUGAAACUGCAGCAAAAUUACAACCAAAUUCUUGCCUUCUCGUUCUUGGAAGGGGUGCCAGCACUCAUUCACGUCCUGGUAGCUGGCACAAAUUUUUAUCAGUGGAACUGAGAGUAGAAUUUGGCUCCCGCUAUCUCCUCCAUUGCAAGAAAGUAUUUGAAAUCAUUUAUGAUCACUAAAAUAACUUCUGAACCUUUUAAACUUCCCUGUGUUUCAUACUUGCAGGCAUUUGCAGUGCACCCUUAGGAGGUUCAGUACCUCUUAAAAUGUUAUUACAACUUUCUAGAACUGCUUACUUUGAAAACAGAAAGGGAUGAGUUUGUAAACUGUAAAUAACACAAAUCUAUUUAUCAUGUUAUUUAUUUUUUCAAUGACUGUGACCUUAUGCACUGUGAAUGCUCUGUGAUAUGGGGUCCUUUGUACAGAUAAAUAUGUCAUGAAAUCCAAAUGGAUUUAAUGUGAUAAUUUGUUACAAAAUGUUGGCAUGAUAAUUGAUUAUUUUUGUUGUGAAAAAUUUAAAAAAUAGUUAACUAAACAUUUAUAAAAAAUUCUAGCAGUCAGUAUUGUAAUGCACUAUAUUAUCAACAUAUGUACACUAUCAAUAAAUUAUAUAAGAACAA